GUAGGCGAAGGUCAUCAUUGACAUUUGUAAAAGCUGAAGGCUAGGAGAUUUUACAAGGCAACAUCUAACCGUUGUUAUUACCUUUAUAUAACAAAUAUCCACAUACACAUCAACCAUGAAUGGAUCAGGAGUGAUAAACUUCUCAGCUGGACCAUCCAAGCUUCCGGAAAAGGUCAUGGAGAAGGCGAAUAGCGAACUGCUCAACUACCGCGGCACAGGUCACAGCGUGCUCGAGAUGAGCCACCGAUCCGCAGAGUUCUCGCAGAUCAUACACGAGGCGGAGAGCACGCUCAGGGAGCUCGUAGGCAUCCCCGCCAACUACCACGUGCUGUUCCUGCAAGGAGGCGGUUCGGGGCAGUUCAGCGCCAUCCCUCUCAACCUCCUGCAGCCGGGAAAGACGGCCGACUACAUCGUGACCGGCACGUGGUCGGCGAAAGCCGCCAAAGAGGCCGAGAAAUACGGCAAGGUUCACAGAGUGAUCGCUGACGUCGAAAAGCACGUCGGCGUACCUUGCACGACGAAGUGGACGACGAAUCCGGACGCGGCGUACCUCCACUACUGCGACAACGAGACCAUCCACGGCAUCGAGUUUCCGUUCGUACCGGAGAGCGACGGACCGCCAAUUGUCUGUGACAUGUCGUCAAAUUUUCUGUCCAGACCAAUUGAUGUAACGAAGUUCGGUCUGAUCUAUGCCGGAGCGCAGAAAAACAUAGGCUGCGCUGGCGUAACCGUGGUGAUCGUGCGAGAUGAUCUCGUUGGACAUGCGCUGAAAGAAUGCCCGACGAUUCUCAACUACAAAGAGCAGGCUGCCUGCAACUCUCUCUACAACACUCCCCCAAGUUAUAGCAUCUACAUCAUGGGACUGGUGCUGCAGUGGGUGAAGGAGCAGGGAGGCGUGGCGGCAAUGGAGCGCAAGUCGGCCGCAAAGUCUGAACUCAUCUACGACACCAUACGCAGAUCCAAUGGCUUCUACGUAUGCCCCAUCGAGGAUAAGUUCCAGAGCCGCAUGAACAUCACGUUCAGGAUAGGAAGCGGCAAGUGCACCGACGAGUUGGAGAAGAGGUUCGUUCAGGAAGCCGGGAAGGUCGGCAUGAAGCAGUUGAAGGGACACAGGUCUAUUGGCGGCAUCCGCGUGUCCUGUUACAAUGCGAUCCAUCUCGAGGAGGUGCAAGUGCUCGUGAAUUUCAUGCAGGCUUUCCAGCGGGAGAACACGCAUCUUUUUCACGAAUGCUAAGUCGAGGAGAUAGCCGACGACCGUUGUUGACAUCAUACGCUCAUGUAUAAUAUGUGACGGGGAGUACAUAUCUGGAUGUAUUUCGUUAAACUGUGUAUGAUGAAGAAGACUUGAUGCUGGUCGGCUUCUUAAGGGGCCAUUGGUUUAGGUAAUUGAUUAUUGCUAGUAUCUAUAGUGCUGUGUGUUUGACAUCAACUGUAUCAAGAGCUAAUAAUACUCUUGUACUUCUGGCAUUAUUAGCUCUUGACUGUAUGUAAUGGGAUGUUGUAAAACUAUGUUAUGGUGAACUUGUACAGAUAAUAAGCACGUAAUUACAAUGUAUAUGUUUUCUGUAUCGAUUUAGUAGUUUUAUUGAAUAAACUUGCUAUUGCAAGAUUUUUUUAUAAACAAUA